AUGCCUCAACACGAAAAGCCUCAGAGGCUGGUCAAGCGAUACCGUACAGAAAUUGCCGCCAGCACGUCUAGUGUAUUCUCCACCGUCGUCGCCUUUCCUCUCGACAGCGUGAAGACGCGUAUGCAAACCUACCGAUAUGAUGGCUUCCUCGACUGCGUCCGCCACACGUACCAGACCGAACAGCUACGGGGCUUCUUCAGAGGUGUACUGGCCCCGACCGCCAGCGUAACCCUUGUCCGAACCGUCUCCUUUUCUAUAUACCAGCGCGCCAAAUACGGAUACUCGGGCUGGAUCAAGAAGAAUAUGGGUGUCGACGUCCUCGACCACGUCAACAGGAAAGGCACAUAUCCCAACUUUUACUCAGUCGCCUGCUUCGGCGCGGCUGGCGCCACGGCCGGCUCCUGUAUUACAGUCGUCGCUUGUCCGUUUGAGCUCACCAAGCUGAGCGCCCAAGUUUCCGUGUUGCUCUCAGAUCAGAAGAAACUCGCAGAGGCGAACUGCCGCGUGAGCAACGGCCACGCCGUUGCCGCGAGCUACCAGAACAAGGGGACAUUCAAGACGAUGCGUAACAUUAUUCGCCAUCGGGGCAUUUUUGGACUCUAUACUGGUUUUAACCUGCACCUGCGUAAGAAGCCCCACCCCGCUUUCUACGGGACACACUCGGCACCCGCUAUUUACUUCAUGGUGUAUGAGAGCGGCAAACAGCUCGGCACAACAUACGGCGGCGAUAGCCCCACGACGAACAAAUUGGCGGUCGUUGCAUCAGGUGGAUUAUGCGGCAUCGUAUCAUGGGCCAUGAUCUACCCCAUUGACUCUGCCAAGAGCAUCUAUCAGCGUAACUCACUUUUAUACUCGCGAGGGCAGCAGGUCGAGCCGCCUCCGAAGAUCACGUUCUUUCGGAAGCACAUGUAUCGCGGCCUCGGCGUGUCCAUGGGACGCUCCUGCGUCGUCAACGCAAUCUUCUUCUCUGCCUUUGAGUUUACGAAGAAGCACGUCAACUCGCUGGAUGACGAUUAAGGGGGCAAGCUCUUUCCCGAACAAGGAAGUUGCUGCGUCACCCCACUGAUGAACACCAGAACCACUGGAAACAAAUUUGUAUGGGCAUAACUGAAAGCUUGCAUGGCAGGACAAGGGGCGGCGUUACGGAACUGAUCUUUUUUUUUUCUCUUUUCCCUCUACGGAGGCGAGUAUGCCACGUGCAUGCCGGACAACGGGGACACGGACAUGGACACAGACUAGGAACAUGGGACAUCAGGGCGGGUGGAACAGACCAGAUAGGAAAGACCCAAAGAUAUCGUUCGUCAAGCU